AUGGACCAAGCUAUUUCGCUAGCAAACCGCCUCACGGCACAGGCCCGCGCGCGCCCUUAUAUCGCCGCGGCCAUAGCCAUCGGGGCUCUGAGCACAGCGCCAAUCUUCUCCUGGGCCGCCGACUCGUACCGGACCUACCUCAGCCUCGGGAAGGGCGGCAUCCCUCACAACCUCUUUGGCUGGAUUGUCCAGGGCCUGGCCCAGCCCUUCGCCUGGCACGACACCACGACUGUCAGGCCUUUCGGCGACGCGCGCCACAGCGCCGCGCUCGGCCCGCACGCCCACGAGUCCUUCCUCGGCGAGGCCGGCCCUUCGCUGCCCGCGCGCGCCGGUGACCGCCCGACGGUCCCCGGCUUCGUGGCGCCGCAGCGGCAGACGACGCAGAAAGGGGCGCCGCCGAUGACGGCGCGCAUGGAGACGCUCCUCAAGGACCUGGCCGCGGCGAACCCGGGCCUGCUCAAGACCAGCCCUUCCAACCUGGAGGGCGUCGGCACGCCCGCUCUGUUCCUGGCGGACGGCGUCGAGCUGCCCGGCUACUCGAAGCGUACCAAGGGCGAGAUCUGCCACGCGCACGGGGAGAGCAGCUCGCACAUGAUCCUCAGCCUGGCUGACUCCAAGGAGGUCCUGGAAAGGGGCUGGGGCGAACGACACCCGCUGAGCGGUGUCAGGGGAUUUUGGCCGCUGAGCUACGUCAUGGUGUAUGCCCCGCGGGACGACGACGAGUUUGUCAUUUGGAAGAGGCUUGUUGUUGCCUGUGUCCGGUUUGCAUUUGCUGAUGGCCCGGCGGUGAAUGUGGACGUCUGA